AUGUUGGAAGCUAGAGACCCUGCGAUCAAGCUUUUUGGGAAGACGAUUCCGGUGCCGGAGAUCUCUUCUGGAUCCGGUGACUCUGCCGGUGCUCCGGAUUCAUCUUCUGGUGAUGUUGUUGAUGAAGGAAUCGUUCAGAACCAUGCUUCUUCCAUUAACUCUUCAAAUUCAAAUAUGGAUGAAGAAGAGCGAGAAAUUGAUGAGGACACAAAGGAAAAGGAACCGGCUGAGUAUAAGAAGGAAAAAGAUGAAGCUCUAGCACAAUUGUCAGAAAAGAACACCGAUAUAAACACUGCUUCAAUUUUAGUGGAUGAAUCUAUUAACCUCUCUGCCGAGGAGGAGCGAAAGAGUAAAGAAGAACAAGCCGAGAAUUCGCAAGAUAAGACACUGAAAAAGCCAGACAAAAUACUUCCUUGCCCCCGAUGUAAUAGCAUGGACACGAAAUUCUGUUACUACAAUAACUACAAUGUCAAUCAGCCGCGUCAUUUCUGUAAGAACUGUCAAAGAUACUGGACUGCCGGGGGAGCCAUGAGAAACGUGCCUGUUGGGGCCGGUCGUAGAAAGAACAAGAAUCCCGGUACUCAGUAUCGUCAGAUAACUGUCCCGGAAGCGGCAGUUCAGAAUUCUCAAUCCGACAUACCGAACGGAGUCCAUCAUCCUUCCUUGAACUGUAACGGAACAGUCUUUACGUUCGGGACUGAUUCACCCUUGUGUGAAUCAAUGGAAUCUGCGCUGAACCUAGCUGAUAAAGGAAUUAGCAUUUCCCCGAAAAACGGAUUCAUUAGACCUGAAGAACUGAGAAUCCAUGUUCCCUUUACUGGUGAAGAAACGCGCAAUGAUGAUUCCAAUAAAUCCUCUGAUGGAUCAACAACCCCGACAGAAAAUUCAACUGCCAACAGUUCUCUAGGACAAGUUAUGCCGAAUUGUCAAAGCUUCCCACCUCAAGUUCCCUACUACCCAGGUGCCCCUUGGCUUUUUCCGUGGAAUCCCGCUCAAUGGAGCUCUCAAGUACAGCCACCGCCUGCUUUUUUCCCACAAGGAUUCGCCGUGCCACUCUAUCCUCCACCAGCUUAUUGGGGUUUUACUGUGCCAGGUGCAUGGAACAAUCCAUGGCUAGUGCAACCAUCGUCGCCAAAUAGUGCAUCCCUUAACUCCGGUCCUAACUCGCCAACCUUAGGUAAGCAUUCAAGGGAAGAAAGCAUGGCCAAAUCGAAUGAUGCAGCAGGUGGUUCUGACGAAGGAAUCAAUAAAGAAGAAAAGUCUCUUUGGGUUCCCAAAACAUUGAGGAUUGAUGACUUAGGAGAAGCGGAAAAAAGCUCUAUAUUGACAACUCUAGGGAUUAAAAACAAUAAGACAGACUUGAUUCGCGGGGGAGGAGGACUUUUCAAAGCAUUCGCAACAAAGGGUGACGAGAAAGAUGACAUGCAAAACUCAAACUCACCAGUCUUGCAGGCCAAUCCAGCAGCAUUGUCAAGGUCAAUUAGCUUCCGCGAGACCUCAUAA